CGGUCGGCGUCUCUCUCAGAGCUGGUGUGUCUCUCUCAGAGCUGGCGAGGUGAAUGUCUCUCUCAGAGCCGACAAGGUCAGUGUCUCUCGGAGCUGAUGAGGUCAAUGUCUCUCUCAGAGUCGAUGAGGUCAGUGUGUCUCUCAGAACCUACAAGGUCUGGGUCUCUCAGAAUUUACAGGAUCAGUGUCUCUCUCAGAACCUACGAGGUCAGUGUCUCUCCUUGCAAUGGUAGAUGAUCUCAGGUUUACAUCAUCUGACCUUGUUUACUCAAAGAAAAUGAUUUCCCAUGAGAAUGCUUUUGUCUGCACUAGUACAAGUUCUCCUCUAAUCCCUCCAUCCUCUGCAUUGUAUAAAUAUUCAGCAUAAUAUUGAGCCAAACAAAGUGCUGCUGCUGUCAUGUGAUGCAGCUCAGUAGCCUCGUGCAGGGAUGGAGAAAGUACCACAUUAGAAAGUAAACUUGCAUUCAUUCUCAUAUGCUCUCUGCUUCCUCCCCGUGUCACAGGCUGUGGCCAGUCAUAGAAAGACCAAUGGUUUAAUUAAUCUGUGACCUGUAGUCAGGGCGAUUGCAGAGACAGCACUGAAUGUAAUCUGUGAUACCUGUAGUCUAAAUGAUUGCAGAGACACCACUGGAUGUAAACCGUGUGACCUGUAGUCAACUUGAUCGUAGAGACACCACUGGAUGUAAAUUUGUGUGACCUGUAGUGAAGGUGAUUGCAGAGAUACCACUGGACGUAUACUGUGUAACCUGUGUCAUGGUAAUUGCAGAGAAACCACAGGAUGUAUUCUGUGAUGCCUGUGGUCAAGGUGACUGCAGCAACACCAUUGAAUGUAAACCGUGUGACCUGUAGUCAUAGUGAUUACAGAGCGGUCCCUACAUGAAAACUGUAAACUCCAGUCAUGAGAGACAUGGCCCUGUAGUUCAUGUCAUGGCUAAUCUAGCUGUUGCCUGUGGAGCUUAACUGGAGCAUUAUUAAUGGGACCUGUGGCUCUGUGCUUGCGAAGUGAUGCGGUUGUAAUUUGGCUCCUCUUCCCCACAGGUAAAGAAACUCAAAGCGUUCAAGGGUGACACCAGUAAGCUGUCAUUAGCGGACUCCUUCAUGUACCAAUUAAUUCAGGUGCUGAGCUUUGACGUCCGCAUAGAGGCCAUGGUUCUCAAGGAGGAGUUCCCUCAACUGUGCUCAGCGAUGAACCACGAGAUUGAUGUCAUUCGCCUGGCUACCAAAGAGUUGAUGACUUGUGAGGAGCUUCAUGCCAUCUUGCACUUGGUGCUGCAGGCCGGGAACAUCAUGAACGCAGGCGGGUAUGCCGGAAACGCAGUGGGCUUCAAGCUCUCGUCUUUGCUCUCCAUGGCGGACACCAAGGCUAACAAGCCAGGCAUGAAUCUGCUGCAUUUCGUAGCUCUGGAAGCGCAGAAGAAGGACAAGAACUUGCUGCGGUUCCCCGAGAAGCUGCUGCAGGUCCACAGUGCCGUCCGAAUAUCUGUAGACAACAUUGAAGCAGAGCUUCACUCGCUGCAGAGCAGGACCGCAUCAGUCGAGGAGAAGGUGCAGAAGAACACAGAGCUGCUUCAGCAGGUAGAGCGGUUCCUGCAGCAAUCAAAGAAAGCCUUGGAAGAGCUGUCCAGGAGCUGGCUGGACCUCCGCAGGGAGGGAAAUGUGUUAAUCGAUUUCUUCUGUGAAGACAAGGACACGUUCAAACUGGACGAAUGUUUCAGGAUAUUCCAGGAUUUCUGCCAAAAAUUCCAAAAAGCUGUCAAGGAUAACCAGGAGCAGGAGCAGAAGGAGAUGGCCAGGCAGCGGCGGCUGCUAGAGCUGGAGGAGAAGCGCCACUCGUGGGCCAGCGCUGACCGGGACAAUGGCGACAGUGGCUUCGGCCGCAGCAGCAGCGAGAAUGAUGUGAAGACACUGAGCCAGGACAGUCUGCUGGAGCUGCUGCGGCUGCGGCCCGACAGCCCGCAGGGCAUGCGACGCUCGGCCAGCUUCAAGCGCUCCCGCCAGUCCCCAACCGGCUCCACCGCUGACCGCCAGCUGCAGGAGUACCUGGAGCGUGGUGGCACUGGGGAGCCCAUCCGCUUCGACAGCCUGCCCCGCUCCGGGCGUGACCCCCACAGAAAGAGCCCCGUCUGGCUCACCCCCCCCGGCGCCUCUUACGGCCGGCCGGACGCCAGUGAUGCUCCGUACGGACGGAGAUUCAGCUCAGGUUCUAUGCAGAACACCAACUUGACACGUCCCGAGGACCUUGAUGAAAGAACCACGAGUUACGGGCCGAUCAAUGUCAGCGUGGAACGCCAUGUGAUGGCGCCGAAACUGCAGGGGUUCGAUUUUAUUUCUCACAACAACAAUCAUAACUUGCAUGUGAGCGGCCAGGUUAUCGUCACGAGUCCAGAGACGGCUGUGGAAAGCCCGGAUGCUCCUUCAUCGGCCAAGAGCUCUGAAGGAGAGGCUCACAGAAAUGUUUGGGACAGUAAAAGAGACUCAUCACAGAUAACACCUUCCUGUAAAGAAAAUGAGGGCAACAGCACUAUUUCCUCUACAACCUUUGAUGUGCCUCUACCUACAGACAGCGCAGCGCCAUCCAGGAGAAAAACUGUUCUCCAUUUAAUUGGGCCAGAAACGGAUUGUUCUGUGACCUUGGACAACCAGGAAGUGGACGGCAUCUCAGACUCGCGGGACGGAUUCACCACAUGUGCUGAGUUACCAAAUGAACAGCAGCAUUCGGUAACUUCCCAUGACGACCCUAGGUACACUGACAAGUCAUCUCCACAUAAAUCCACCACAGCAGCCUCAGAACCUGCAUCCACAGACAAGCCCUCUCCAUCUGCAUCCACUAGUGCAGCUGCACCUGGUCUUCAGAGCCUGGAAAAUAAUAGCAUAGCAAAGGGCAAACAUACGCAGAAAAAUGCAGCACUGCAAGCUAAUGCAACAAAUGCAAACUCGAGAACUAAGCUCGCUUGCAAAAGUUCCCCAUCCCACUCCAGAGUGAGGACGCUGCACCCCUCCGAGAACCAGAACAUGCGCAAGGUGGUCACCACAUCCAAACUAAAUCGAACGCCUAGUACUGCAGGUAAAUCCGAGAAUCGGGUCAGCACUGAGGCUCGGCGGCCCCAGCGGGACCAGAGCACCCCGGGCAGGGGCGAGAAAGCACCCCAGGCCGCACGGCGCGCCAGCCUGCCCCUGGAGGAGCCCAGGCCUCAGAGAGCCACAGCGGGGGGCACCAUCUCCCAUAGGGCCCGAGACUCCACCUCGCGCCCACCCUCGAUCCACAAGGCAAAGCCCAAACUCGCCCGGGUGGUUCCCAGGCCUCCCCCAGAGGAGAAGAUGUGCCGAUCCACCAUGCGUGCCCUGGCCCAGGCCCAGGCCCAGGCCCAGGCCCAAGCAGCCCCUGGGUCCGGCCCCGCUGAGGCAGCCACACCAAAGGCCUCCCUGCCCGGCUUUGCCCGCAACACGGUGGCCUCUUCCUCACGGAGGAUGAGCAGCCCCGUUGCUGCGCAGAGGCCGGCAGCCAGGGCGGCGACACCGAGCAGCCAUGAUGAGAAAGUCCAGGGGCCCCUGCGCCGGGUGCAAAGUCUGCGGGUCCCCAAGGCCAGAGCUCAGCCAGGCGAGACGCCCCCUCUCUCCAGGGAACGGCAGCGCAAGAGCAGCGGCAGCUUCUCCGAUAAGUCCUUCCGCUCCAAAGACUCAAGCUCCGGCAGGCCGCAGCGGCCUGCGUGGAAAUAGCGGCAGGCCAGUAAGCCGCACCUCAGCUGGCCGAGGAUCCCUCAUUCUCUUAAUGUGACUUUCUGCUUCACAAGUGUAUAGUUUUAAUAAACACUAGCUUUAUGGAAAUAGCAAUAAUGAAGUGGAUCCAAUGUUUAUGCCCGUAACGAAUACAUUUCUGCAAUAUCUUCUGUAUGAUGUGGUGUCAAUUUUUUGUAUUAGCUAUAUUUUUUGAUGAUAGGUCAUCGUGAUUUAUUCCUGUACUUAAAAGAAAUCCUGUGUAUCGGUAGAGACUAUAAAUUUAAUGGCGUGAUUUGU